AUGACUGCUGUUCUUAUUACUGGUGCAACCGGCAAACAAGGGGGUGCCCUCAUCAGGAAUCUACUUCUCCGGAAGGCUCCCCUGGAGAUCCUCGCCGUCACCAGGAACACCUCUUCCGCGUCUGCCCAGAAGCUGGCUAGUUUGUCUUCAAAUAUCAAGUUGGUGGAGGGUGACCUUGAUAACCCGGGUGCCAUCUUCCGCAAUGCUCAACGCUUGACGACCUCGCCCAUAUGGGGAGUAUAUAGCGUGCAGGCCGUAAUUGGCAACAAGGCGGAAGAAACGCAAGGAAAGGCGUUGAUCGACGAGUCUAUCCGACAAAAGGUCAAGUUCUUCGUCUACAGUUCCGUUGACCGCGGCGGCGAGGAGCACUCCAAAGAUGGCAACAUGGACUGGGUGAUCCUGCGCCCGGCCGCCUUCUUCGAAAAUCUGACUCCGGAUUUCUUCGGCAAGGUUUCUACCACAUGCUUCAAGAUGGCAUUGGCUGGAAAGCCGCUGCAGCUUGUCGCCACCAGCGACAUUGGAUAUUUCGCUGCUGAGGCUUUCCUCAACCCGGAGAAGUACAAAGGGAGGGCCAUUUCGCUUGCCGGUGAUUAA